AACAUUUGCACCAAAAAUAGAUGAGACAUAUCACUUCCAAGUCUACCUCACGUUACUGCAACGCACCAUUAUGAUACAAGGUAUUUUGGAGUUCUAGUACUUAUGUAUCAAGAUCAUUCUCGGCUCUUUACGACAUAAGGAGUCUCCGUCAGCCUCGUGUCCUCAAAAUGGCCGAUAUCUCAGCCUUACGCCUUCUGGUUGCUGCAGUCCUUGUGGUGGUCACUGCAUCAUUUCUUCGAGUUCUUUAUGUUCUUCCCUCGACAUCGCGACCUCGUCUAGAUCCCCGGAUCAAAUAUCCCAAGACAGGUCCUUCACAUAUGGUGAUAGUUCUCGGUUCUGGCGGUCACACUGCGGAAAUGAUGUCCCUUCUUCGAGACAUAAAUCCCGCGAGAUGGGCCCAUCGUACCUACAUUGUAUCUACUGGAGAUAGUUUCUCUGCCGGCAAAGCCUAUGACAUCGAAGCAACACUGCAGACGGAAUACGUUGACGACGCCCAUCCAGCUCCAGAAGGGGUAACUCAUCCAGUGACUGGAAUAUGGCAAGUGAUGACCGUUCCACGAGCAAGGAAAAUCCAUCAGCCUUUGUACACCACACCUCUGUCGUCCUUAAGCUGCUUAAUUGGAUGCUUAACAGCUUUGUAUGAGGCUGCCAGGACAUCAACAAUAACUCCUUUCGAGUAUCCGGAUCUCAUCAUCACAAAUGGACCAGCUACAGCCGUAAUGGUGAUUCUAGCAAGCGUUAUCUUGAAGUUCUUUGGGUUGGCUCCCCUAUGGAAGAUGAAGAUCAUUUAUGUAGAGAGUUGGGCGAGAGUCAAGACUCUGAGUUUGAGUGGGAAAGUACUUCUCUGGAUGGGGGUUUGCGAUAAGUUUCUUGUGCAGUGGGAGACGCUGGCAAAAGAGAUAAACAGGAAUGGGGUCAGGAAGGUGGACUGGCAAGGAUUCCUGGUUCAGAUAUGAGAUUGAUUCUAUCUGAUUUUCCGAUGAAGAAGGCCCUUUGAGCUAUGCAGCCACGGAUUCUGUCUGCGUAACAAGGUGAUUUGGUUUGAGAAUAUGUUCUAAAAUGCUCCAAGCUUCUCCCUACAGAGUAGGACAGGGGUAGAUUUUGGACUCUUCCAAGGGAACACUAAUUUACAUAGUACAC